CUCACGUUUCACUAUUACAAAUAUUGCGCGAGUUUUCUCUCAUGGAAAACCCUUAGCACUGCUUCCCCAUCGUUCCUCUGCUUUGAUCCGUUCGGAAUUUGGUGGCUAUUGUGCAAACAACAUCGUUCCUCUGCUUGAUCCGUUCGUGGAUUUCAUCUUCUCUAUUCUCGGAACUGGUCUAAGAGGAGUUUAAUAUAUUUAUUCUUUCUUUGUGGAGCUGUGUAUUUGGGUGUUGUGCUCUUGAAAUAUGACUUCAAAGAAGUCAAUCAUCGAUAAAUCUUGGAUUAAAAAGCCACGGAAUACACUUGAAUAUCUUGCAGGACUAAAUAGUUUUCUUGAUUUUGCAUUUGAACACAAUUCUGGUUCAAAUACAAUAAUAUGUCCUUGUGACAAGUGUGGUUUUAAGAAGUGGCACAUUAGAGAUGAGGUGCUUGACCACUUGUUAUGCAAACCAUUCCCUAAUGGUUACACAUUUUGGCAUCGUCAUGGGGAGACAAGACAAAGAGAAUUUGUUCUUAGAACACCUUCAAUAGAAGAGAGCACUCGUAAUGAAGAUCCAAUUCAGAGUACGAUAAGUGAUGCUUUUGGGUUCUCUAACCGCAUGAAUGAAGAACCUUAUGUGGCAAAUGAAGCAUGUGGUGGAGAUGAAAAUACCAUUCCAGAGUUGAAUCAAGGAAUGCAAGGCGAGGCUAAAGAAUUUUAUGAGCUACUUAAAGAUUGAGAGAAAGUUAUGUAUGAUGGAUGUACAAAAUACACAAAACUGUCCUUUUUAAUUAAGUUGUACCACAUCAAGAGUCUUUGUGGAGUCAGUAACAAAGCUAUGGAUAUGAUUCUUGCAUUGUUGCACGAUGCUUUUGAACAAACAAAUAUACCCUCCUCAGGUUAUCAAGCGAGAAAAAUUGUUGACAAGCUAUGCCUUAAUUACACAAAGAUACAUGCAUGUCCCAAUGAUUGCAUGUUGUAUUGGGGGGAGGAUGAAGAUAAAGAAAAAUGUAAAGUAUGCAACACAUCAAGAUGGAAGAUUCCCAAAAAAAAUGGAAGCGUUGGUGUAUAUUUUCUUCUUAAGAGGAGGAAACAACCUGCAAAAAUUCUACGUUAUUUUCCUUUGAUCCCUAGGUUGAAAAGAUUAUUCAUGUCUUCAAAGACGGCUCAAAGCAUGAUAUGGCAUGCUAAGGAAAAUAACAAUGAUGGUAUGAUAAGGCAUCCGAGAGACUCUGAGGCUUGGAAGCAGUUUGGCUUGUCACAUCCUGAAUUUGCUAGAGACCCUCGGAAUGUACGUCUUGGCUUAGCAAGUGAUGGAUUCAAUCCUUUUGGGUCAAUGAGCAAUAGUUAUAGCAUUUGGCCAGUAGUACUUAUUCCUUACAACACUCCACCAUGUACUUGCAUGAAGUCAACAAAUUUCAUUCUCUCAAGUAUUAGUCCCGGGAAGCGACAAAUUGGAAAUGAUAUUGAUAUUCAUUUGCAACCACUUAUCUUAGAGUUGAAAGAAUUGUGGGAAAAGGGAGCGGAGACAUAUGAUGCUUCAAAAAAUGAAAUACGAGAGUUGUCCAUGACAAAACUCUACAAUACUCAUAGCAAUAACACUAAUUCACUUAAGAAAAUAUCCCAAGCACAUGACAUCGUAGUUCAUAUUAUAAUCUUGACGCAAUAAACAUCAUAACACACAACAACAUGUUCUCACACAUCAGCCAAGUCAAGUUAAUUUAGACCCUAAGUUAGUCUAUAUGCCCAUGCACAUGCAAUGCUCAUCAAAUCUGGAUAUAAUGCCAGCUCCACACACGGUAGGCGGGACAACACUCAAUCCGUCCGAUACUCACUCCAUUAUCGACCUCAGACUAGUGAAUGUCACUUACACAAGCACGCUGUCACUAACAUUCUGAUAAACCACGAGUAGCAGUCUUAGUACGGAACUAUAUAUAGUCACGACCCCACUAGCCGCGUCACAAUGCAUGAAUUAUAUGGUGCCAAUAAUCAAUCACCAAAACAGAGACGUCUUUUUUACGAAUUCGAGUUCUUCCAAAAAGCAGGACCACUCACCACUGAGUGUCCGCAUCAAGUUUCCCUUGGCUUGGCUUUUACUCGCCAAAAGUCUCAUAUUAGAUAUCAAUCGAUCAAGAGCUCAUGAGCAAUAUAUCAUCUCAUAUCAUCACGCUUACACGACAUGUUAUCAUAAAAACAAGUCACAAAUAUCAGCAUGUUAUGAAAGCAAUGAACUCACAAGCUUAUCAACAUGCUCUCAUAGAACAAUUCAAUCGAGCACUUAGAGUGCCUCAAUCGGGAUUCACCGAUCCUCACCAAUUUAACAAACAUACAAGGUAUACAAUAUAAUCAUCAUGCUACCACAAUUUAUCAUGUUAUUCAACAAAUAACCAACACAUAGCAACAUUACAACAUAAUCAUCAUGCUACCACAACUUAUCAUGUUAUUCAACAAAUAACCAACACAUAGCAACAUUAUGAGCACAUGUCAUUUAAUCAAUUAGCAUGAAGCGAAGUGCACUCACAAAAAUCAUACAACAUGUUUCAACAAGACAAAUAGUCGAAGUGAAGUGACCUCACAAUAAUCAUAUAACAUAUUUUCAAGGAGACAAAUAACCGAAGCGAAGUGCUCUCACCUUAGCCACUUCCUUCCUAAAUUGCGACUCCGAUCCGAUCACGUCAUCACUCCUCGUACCGAGUACCGACCCUCUUUCCUUCAGUUCUUUUGCUCUGACACGAACGUAUUCUCAAACUUCGUACCAAAAUCCAAAAUCUGGAAAUUUUCCCGCGAAGAAUCGCUGGAGAAGAUGGUGGUCCGCAGCGGUCCAUGGCGGAUUUGUCGCCGGAGACGAAAAGGAGUAGUGGGUCUUCAUCAUUUCGCAGCCCUGAACACGAUGGUGGUGUCCGUUUCUAUAAAAUCUCGACGGUUUUCUCACAACUACCAAGUUCCACGGAGAUUUUCCGGAGGCUCCAGAACUCGACGUAGCUUCUUCCAAUGGCUUCCUAGGUUGUCGCUUCUUCCAAUGGCUUCCUGGGUUGUCCCUCUUAGUGUUGGAGGUUUAGAAACGUUGGUUUUGUGGAGUUUUUGGGCUGGUUCGAGUGCCACCUUGGUGGUGAAGCUUAUCAGAAAACAGAGGGAGAGAAAAGAACUCAUGGAUGCCACUUUCCCUCUCAUGGGGGUGCUUGAAUAUUUCUUGCUCUUGGAGCUCACGUAACCGGCCCAAAGAGACAGAAAGAUGAAGGUUGGUGGUUUUUUGUAUAUGAUGGAGCGAGCUUUGAUGGUAGGAGAAGCCAAAUGUGAUUAUUUUUCAUAUGGUAGAGCAGUGUGUGAUCGAUCACACAUACGAACCUAAGAGGUUGAGUUAUUGUAAUAAUUACGACAUUCAAGGGCUGGGUUAUUGUCUCUUAAUACAAUUAAUUAUUGAAUCAAUAUUUUUUAUACAAAUUUGACCAAAUCAAAUCUUCCUUCAAUGUUGAUCAAUUUCUCUUUAAUGUUGAUUUAAUGUUGAUUGACUGGUGGUGCAUUAAGCAAAAUCUGGUACUCGAUCUAUAUGAUCAACUAUAAAUAAUGAGCAAGAUAAACUAGUCUCUAUCUUGUGAGAAGAACGAUAAAAGUUCAAAUUCUUCGAAAUGGCCGCACA